AUGAGUCCAACACAGUCAAGAAAAAGUCCAUUAGCGGCUUUUUACACCCGCCACAUGAGCCAGAUACAGCGUCUUCCUUGGGACUCCAACGACACCAUGCACAUGGACGAGGUCUAUGUGAACUUGGAGUGGGUACAAGAGGAAAAGAAACCCACAGGCACUAGCUCCAAGCCAGUCCCAACUUAUACCUCAAUAUUUGAAAAUACCAGACAGGGUAUUACACCAAAGAGAAUAUUGGUGAGAGGAAAAGCAGGUAUCGGCAAAACCACAUUUACACAGAAGAUGGCAAUAGACUGGGCAAAUGCGACACUGGGUAAAAAAAGUGAUGGGGUACUUUCAAAAUAUAAACACCUUUUAAUCUUAAAUCUGCGCAGCAUCCAGCCUGGUAAAACUCUAAAGGAAGCACUUGAAAUGCAAUUGUCUUGCUCUGAGAACGAGAUAAAGGAAAUCAUGGAUGCUCUGGAUAAUGACGGUGACCAUGUGCUAUUGGUCUUUGAUGGUUAUGAUGAAUUUGAUUCUAAGAAUCAUAAGGAAAUCACAGACAUCAUUCAUUGCAGACGAUACCAAGACGUGUGCACUAUCAUCACAACACGUCCAUGGAAGGCAGAAGAAUUGAUGAACCCACGAAAUACGGACAGUGUUUAUGACAUCACUGGGUUGACAGAGGACAACAUAGCAGAAUAUAUUGCUAAAUUCUUUGAUGAGCCAAAGUCACACGAUAACUUCCUUGUUUGGAUGUUGGGGUCAACAGGGGAACGUCUGAUAGACUACUUAAAGCAAAAGAAACUGAUGUCCUUAGUGAAGAUCCCGAUACUUUUACUUUUCAUUUGCCUUUUGUGGCUAGAGGAUCGCAAAAGUGUUGUCAGGACAGAAUCCCUCCCAGCUUCAUACACACUGUUAUACAAGAAGCUAAUACAGCUGCUUAUAAGACGGAAAUAUAACACCAAGACUCAGGAUGAAACAGACAAAUAUUAUAAAAAUAUUGACGACACCAUUAACUGUCUCGGUAAGCUUGCUUACUAUGGACUGCUGAAACCAGAGGGAGGUCUCAUAUUUGAUGAAAAUGAUCUGCAAUCAAUUCCAGAUAUCGGCGAGAUGUACAGUUUAGGCCUCCUCAACAAGACUAAGGUGCACUACAAGUUCGAUGUUAAACAAGCAAUUACUUUCCCUCAUAAAACCAUCCAGGAAUUUUUUGCUGCACGAUACCUGAAGGAGAAUAAUACCUUAGAUGGAAAUGGCCAUGUUUUAGAUCAAUUUCUGGACAGCUUACACACUAUUGAUGAACUCUACAACAUGGACUAUGUUUUGCGCUUCGUCUGUGGUUUAAGUAAUAGCGCGGCCACCAAAGUGCUGGAGAGAGCUAAAGCUCUGCAGGUUGAAUCCAAGAAAGGCGAAGAUAUAUCACGGAUGCAAAGUUUUCAAGCACAUGCAUGGGACUAUGACAGGAGGUACAGUGAGUGGUGCAAUGAUAUCCUCCUAGAACACUGGUAUGCACACUGUACCCAGAAAACAGUGAUGCCCCCUGAGCUUAUGUCCUGGCACACGGCACUCAACAUACCUGCAUCAUUUGAGCACUCUGAUCACAGAUUUAGUCAAAUCUUGUUGAAAAGUGUAGAGAGGGCAUCAAAACGUGUUCAGCAGUACUCAGGUAUAUUCAAAGAUGUGAGAACUGUCAUGAACGACGUUAGGUUUCCCAUAGGAAAAACAAGUCACAAUGUAUUAUCUGUGCUAAAUUCUUGUGACACGUUAGAGAAACUAUUAGUUAUCGUUUGGUGUAUAGAGACAGAUUACGACGAGUGCAGAUCUGUCUUAAAUUCUGUUUUAUCAAAAGCUCUUAACCUUGACACAAUUUCGAUACAAAUUCGCUGUUAUGGAAUUUUAUCAUCAAUACCAAAACCUGAAAAACUGGUGCAUCUUAAAGUUCAUGGAAUGGUAAAUAGUCAAGACAUUAUGAAACUGGGACAGACGCAGUCCUUAAAAACAAUUAAUGUAUCAGUAUGCAAAAGGCCAAAAGAGCUCCCAUCUGCUCUAGUGGAAAUGCCUAUUGCCAAUCAUGGUUUGACUGAUUUUAGUAUUACUUAUACCCGCCUAGGUGCUGAGACUUUAAAAAUUCUGGCCAGGAACCUUCAUCAUGUGCCAGGAUUGGAAUCCCUGAAGCUGGAGCAAGUACUGUCUGAUGUGCUCAGUGACAUCUUUGAUAGCAGUGACCUCAGAUCUCGCAGUGAUAUGACAUCCAGGUGUGGGGCCAGCAGGUGUACAUGUCGUGGUGAUACCACAAAAGAUGACAGAUGUCAGGAUGUCUGUGAAGCCGUGUCUGAACUGAGCCAAGGUGUGAAACAUACCACAAAAUUGAAAUCGUUUUCAUUAAGAAGCAAUAACCUGGGUCGGUACCACGGUAUCACCCGUCCACUGAUAGCAUUGAUACAGUCUCUCAGUACAGUGUCAGAGCAGACUGGAAUGAAGAUUAACAUGUCUGAUAAUGAGCUGGGCAAAGUAGACCGCCUCAGUGACCUAACAGAAGCCAUUGUCAACUCUUACGGGCAUGUAACUUGGAAAUAG